ACUUCUAUAUAUUAAAUUAUUGAAACAAACAUUAAUCAUGAUAUCAAUUUAGCUGAUUACAUAAUAUAACGAAGUAGAGCGGGUUGCAGUGUGCCUUAAUGAUAUCCUGCUAGUAAAACUAUAGAAGUAAACGUGUUUAAAAUGUACGAAAAAGAAACUGUUAGUAUGGAAACCCCGACGAAAGAUUUAUACAGAGACACGCCGGUCAGGUAUUUAGGUUAUGCGAAUGAAGUGGGAGAAGCUUUUCGUAAAAUAAUUGGUGGUAAAUGGGUUGCCGCCACCUACGGAGUAGCGACUUUAUAUGUUCUCGCCGAUACCUACGACAAAAGUUCUAAAUGCCACGAUGGAGGUGCUGCCACGAAGAAGGUGGUCUACACCGCCGCAGAUACUCUACUGUGGCAGAUGCUGGCUUCAGUCGCAAUACCCGGUUUAACGAUAAAUCGUGUUUGUGCCGCCUCCGCAUACUUGUUGAAAAACAAUAAGAAUUUAGGUAAGAUGCCAAAGAAGUGGGCGGUCACGGCUAUCGGUCUAGCGACUAUCCCGAUUAUCAUCAAGCCAAUUGAUCAUAUGGUGGACACCGUUCUUGACAACACGUUCAGAAAACUGAGUCCGUAAACUGUCGUUAUCUCAAAUUGUUAAAUAAAUCUCGUUGU